CUUAUUUUAUUCUUAUCUAUGUACAGUUCUAUACUUAAAUCGUGGUCCAUUUAAAUCAUAGACGACUAUGAUUUAAAUAGUAUACUUAUCUGUGAUUUGGUAUUCUGGUCGAAAUGGACCAUAAUCAAAUAAGUAAUAAGUAACGCCAAAAUAUGUUAAUAUAUUAUCUAAUUCUUUGUAGUAAUCAUUUACGUCCGAGAUUGUAAUAAUGAUACCUAUAAAUGAUAAAGUACAUUAGUACAUAAGUGUAUUUUGUAGGUCCUAUUAUUGUCUAAAAUUGUUUUCAAGUUUUUUUUUUUUUAUUAGCUAAAACCACAUACAUUUACCAGCAUAGCACGGUAAUACAGUACCUAUUUACUCAAUUUUUAUCUUAUUUUUUCAUGACGUAGGUAUUUGAAAAGUAUAUAAAUAACAAUUUUUCAAAAUAUUUUUAGUUUUUGUUACCUACUUAGUUUAAAUACAUUAUACAAUAAUAUUUUUGUUUACUGAUCUAAGUUUAACCCUUUUGACCUUAUUUUGUUUACGUAAAAGUUAUAAAUCGUGUGUACCUAUAUAAGCACCAAUGCAUUUACGUUAAAAGUGAAGACGUUUUACUAAACCAAAUAUUAUUAACUGUUUUAUUUGUAACAUAAAUAGUAUACACUCAUCACAAUAAAUAAUAUGACAAUUAAUAAAUUUGAUUAUAUAUACAGAAAAUUGUUGCUUACUAAAUACUUUGUAAAUGGUUGGGGUGAUCCUGAAAAACUUAAAAGUUUGUUUCAGUUUCGAAAUCAUAUAAUAGAUCGAGACUCUUGUUUCAAACUUGUAGCAUCUGAUUAUCCUGUAAAAAUUGUUAAAAAAAAGGAAGAUUCCGAUUCCAUAACAUUAGAAGGAGUAUUUCAAUCACCCUUUUCAUAUUAUCUUCCAAAUAUAGUACCAAAAGAGAGUCAUCUUGCCCAUUUCCAAGUUUUAUUACCAAAAAAAUGGCCUUCCAAAAAUGUAAAACCUAUGUGUGUACACAUGGCUGGCACAGGAGAUCAACAUUAUUGGAGAAGACGGGCUAUGUUAGCAAAACCGCUUUUAAAAGAAGCAGCGAUUGGUUCGAUCAUAUUAGAGAAUCCUUUCUAUGGAAAAAGAAAACCAAAUGAUCAAGUUAGGUCUAUUUUAUGCAAUGUCUCCGAUAUUUUUGUUAUGGGAGGUUGCUUAAUAUUGGAAUCUCUUGUAUUAUUUCAUUGGUGUGAACGUGAAGGAUUUGGACCAAUUGGUGUCACUGGUUUAUCGAUGGGAGGCCAUAUGGCAUCAUUAGCUGCUGCAAGUUGGCCAAAACCAAUUGUUCUUGUUCCAUGUUUAUCUGGUACAACAGCUUCUGGAGUAUUUACAGAGGGUGCUAUUAGCUGUGCUAUUGAUUGGGAUUUACUUGAAAAACAAUAUAAAUCAAAUUCUGUGUAUAAAAAUGAAGUUGGAAACAUUGAUAACGAAGUCAACAAGUUGAAAGUAAAAUUUAAUGCGGGUAAACAAUUUAUAAAAGAUAUGAAUAUUGAUUCACAUUUUAACAUUCAGUCAAAUUUAAUGUUUGAUGAUUUAAAAAAUGAUAAUAGCUCAUUAAAUACAUGUCAACCUCAACAAUUAAAUAAAUUUAAAUUAACCAAUGCAUUUGAUAAUUUGGAGGAUCCGUCAAUUGAAGAAAAUAAUGAACUUCAAAUUAAAAAAGAUUUAAAACAAACAAAAUACAUGAUGAGAUUUUUCAAUAAACAUUCAAAAAGUGAAGAUUUAAAUUUAGAAGCAUUGAGUUUUAUGAAAGGUAUUAUGGAUGAAUGUACUCAUUUGAAAAAUUUCAAAUCUCCUGUUGAUAUGGACAUAGUAAUAGCAGUUUGUGCAACUCGUGAUGGUUAUGUACCUCAACAUAAUAUGGAUAAAUUAGAAGAUGUGUGGCCUGGUGCAGAGGUCAGAUAUGUUGAUACAGGACAUGUAGCUGCUUUUAUACUUCACCGAAAUACAUUCAAAACUGCAAUAAUUGAUGCAUUUCAACGAGCUCAAAAAAAAUAUUAUGAUCAACCUUUAUAAUGAUAAAUUGGAUAUAAGAUACUAAUUGUAUUGUUUAUGUUACCAAUUUCUUAUAUUUAAUUAAACAAAUCGCUCUGUAUAACAUUAUUUUUAUAAAUAUGUAUAGUAUUUUUGUAUUGUAAUAUUACAUUUAUCUAAACAAUGUGGUCCUUGUUAUUUUAUAUUCAGAGGAAGAACCUUAAGUUAUAUUUUGUAAUAAUAUAUAUUUUUUUAUUUUUUAAAUAAUAAUGCUUAAAACCUUUUUUAUACUAUGUCAGUUGUUAAAACUCAAAUUUAUGGUGCUUAAAUAAAUUAAAAAUAUUCUUAAUUAUUAAAAGAAGUUCAUGUCUUUACAUGUUUUUACUGAAUGGUCUAAAAAUUGUUAGAUACAAAUUUGAGUUAUAACUUGAUAAAUUCUUUAACAGUUUUAUUUUUAUACUUUCAACCUCCCAAAGGACCAAAUAAUUUGUUACCAGAAUUACCCCAUAAGCAUUUUUACUACCGCAAAAAUGUAUGAAAGAUAUAAACACAAAACCACAUAUAUUUUUGUAAAAUUAAUAUUUAAUGCAUUCAUCUAUUUAUUUUUCACAUUAAACGAAGUGUCAUCAGUGGGUGGCUUCUUCACUCAAGAUUUUCCUCCUGUAAUAUUAUAGCCUAUAUUCUUAUUGUGCCUUGUGUACAGAUUGUAUAUAUAUUAAUAAAGAAAAAAAAAAAAAAAAAAAAAAUGCAUUCAUCACUCUGCUCAGAAUCAAAAAAAAAAUGUUUAUUUUAUAUGGUUAUAUUUAUAAAUUAUAUUAUAUUAUUAAAUAUAUAUGUGUACAUUCAUUAUUAAAUUAAAAUUUUUUUGUUUUUAGUAAAUAA